UAUCACUACUUUUUCGUGGUGUCGUUCUCUGUCAGUGAGCUAGGUACGGGGUAGGGGAUUUUUUUUUUCUUUUUCUAAUUUUCUUCAGACUCAUGUCCGAAUCUUUUUAUAUCUGGUUUUGUUUUACUUUGCUAUAUUAAUUUUGUUUUAUUACUUAAUUUUACUGGUAGUGUUUUUAAAAAUUUUAGUCUUAUUUUAGAAUUUAACAUGAUUUCUUUUAAACUUAUUUUUUAUUUUUGUUUUAAUUUCAGUUUCCAAAUUUAAUCUAUCUAAUGUAUGAUUUUUGCAUUCAGUUAACAGGUGGAGUAUGGUUUCUUCUGUUCCUGCAGCGUAUGUGCAGUCUGGUGAGUCUUUCAGUUUGAAUCUAUGCAGGUAUUGUGCGAAUGCGCCAUGUCCAGUGAAAGCUUGACAGACUAAAUGCCCUGGUUCAGUUUCUCUAAUGAUUUUGUAUGCAUCACGGACAUCAGGGAGGAAGAGAGGUAGGGGAUUGGAUCAUGGUAGACAACGAUACAAGUGAUAUUUUUGGUGACUAUACUAUCUAUAGGCUAUGGGCGGGCGCUUACCAUCAGGCGGGAUACCCUUUUAACACAAAAAACCCCAUUUUAAUUCUACCAAACUUUUCAGAAAAAUAGGAAACUUUAAUAGUGAUAGGAGAUACUUACCACAGAUCCAUAGCCGGUAACAACCGUCUCCCCGAACGACGGCGGGAGGUCAGAGUCAGCUAUGGCUAACGCCACCGGCUGCACACGGUUGUUAGGCCUAAUGGGGAUAUUGACCUGCCAACCACAAGAGAAAAAUAAAUAUAGAGCAACACGAACGCGAUCUAAAAGGGAGUACGAAGGAGUACAAGGAGGAGGAAGGAAACACGAGUAUGACUUUAUUUAAAAUGUAUAAAGUGGUUAACUCACUAAUCAAAACACUGCGCAGCUGAUAAAAUCCAUUGCUUCGCCACUAUAGCCCCUCCACACCAAUGUUUGCCAUGUAAUCUGUAAGUAAAAAUCGCUUUAAAUUAGAAUUAAAAAUGAAAUACAUAUAAAAUUGGGAAUACCCAGACAAAAACUUGCAAAAGAAUUUCGGGCGGAAAAUAUUUCAUUAACAGUCUUUAAUAUUAUGUCCGUAGUGGAGGCAAAGGCCGUCAUUAUGUGUAGAAUUACAAAGUACGAAUAGGCUGUAAACCCUAACACACCAAGCGAGCCUAGGAUUGGCUGGUGAGUAAAUAUCUACUUUUUUAUAUAUUACAAUAAAAAGUUCGUCUGUCUGUAAAUGUUCCCGAUCAACUCAAAAAGUACUGAAAGGAUUUUCACGAGGUUUUCAUCAGAACAUCAACUUUUAUCGGAAGGUUUCUAAUGCAAGAAUAGGAAUGCAAUAUUCUACUAGUAUUAUUAGAAUAAAUUGAAAUGAAAGUCUAUUGAUUUCAUGUAUUUGGUAAUGGGAAUUAACAGACACUUAAAAAUUAAUAAUCUAGGAACUCCUGUUGAUUGCAACGGAACUUGCAGUCAGCGUAGAAAGUCACAUUUUGUGAAAAUUACCUCGGUCUGAGAUACAUUCAGCCAACUGACAAUCCGACAGACAGCGAAGGCUCAGUUAUAAAGUACUUUUUUCGAUCUUCGGGUUACUGAACUCCAAAGAAGACGUAUCAUUGGCCAAUUUAUUACCUAAUGGAUACAGUGUAAGGAUAGUCCUCAAGGCACACUAGUCCAUUCCUUGUGGUCAGUCUUUUUUUCCUGAUGUGUGUGAGGUCUUCUUCCAUCCGAGGAGGAAAUUCACAUUCCAACUCGUUACGUGACGUUGUUGCUGUAAACGUAUAACCAAAAUAUAAAAAAGACUCAUCGAAAAAAAAAAUUUAGACGGUGUUGUAGGUACGAGUAAUUAUUAUUAGGGGUAUGUAUAGAAUAUUCAAGUAAUAAUUAUUAAAUACGUUUAUGUCUUGCGUCUACGUUUUCAAUUUUGUUUUGAAUAGAUAACUUUUCAUUUUCUAAUCUUCAAGUAUAUAAGUCAAUUUUAUUGAAGUAUUUAUACCGAUAGAAAUAAUUAUUUACCACUUUGUACACCUAUAAUUCUGGUUUUAAAACUUAAACUUAAAAAUGUGACUAAAAUAGCUUUUCUUAAAAUCAUCAUAAUAGCAAUAUAUAAUACUAGGGGUAAUUAAAACUUCACUAGAACACUUAAAGUUCUCCGCUCAUUACUAAUGUUCCAGUUUUCUCUCAUGGAGUUAAGUGUUAGAAGGCAGGUAAACAAAAGGUAACGGCUAUUGUUCUUUGCAACAAUGGUAACCGUUAAAGCAAACAAUACAGAAAUCAAAACAAAUAUUAAACCCACCGACCCUUUUGAUUCAAGAAAACCUUAGUUAAAUCUACUUUCUGUUUAUUCAACUUCCACACUGGACACGCGACACAUAGAAUGCAGAAGCUGGAAGCAAAAUAUCCUUUUAUUCUUGGCAACAUCUUUAAGGUUUUCCGUGGACAAUUGAUGUUUCCUGAUAUUUUUGUGUUGAUGUUAGCAAUGUUUACUAGUGUAAUAAACUUUGAUUUGAGCCUUUUUUUUUUGUUGUACUACUGUUCACGCCCUAUCACAUCCCCUACAGAUUACAUUUACUAUUAAAAUUUACACUUCAACACACUAUUAAAUUUGAUACCCAUCAAUUCUGAUGGACCGUUUAAUGUCUUCUGAUCAUCAUUUAAGUUCUUUUCUUUCUUAAACUAUGUCGGUAUGUUUUUUUGAACAAGUAUGUCAUGAUUACUAUCAUUGUUAAAGCUUGAACAAUCUAUGAUUACAACGUGCGUACAACGAAACGAUUGCAAAUGGUCCUAAUUGUUUAGCUUUAUGAUAAACCUUAUCAUUGUCAAUGCACGAUUGUUCUACAUUAAUCUUUUAUUUCUUACUGGCUUUUUUAGUUGUUCUUGUUAUUUUUGAAUGAAAACCUUUGUAUUUAACACCUGGUUGCUUGGGGCAGUCUUAGUGCAUCUGGCAAAGUUAGGAAUUGAGAACUGAUGAUGCUAUUUUAAAAUUUAGAAAAUGAUCAAACAGAAUUUGUUUAAAAUUAUUUUUUGUAUUAUCGUUGUCUGUUGUCAUAUUUACGUUGAAAGUGAUAACUCCGUCAGUUCAGAGAGUGAUGAAAACCCGGAUAUUAACGAAGUUUUAGACAGUGAUGAGGACGGAAGGGACGAUGAAGAAGGAAGGAACAAUACCGACAACAAUACGAGUACUAAUAUAGAGAUCGGCUCGGAAAACGUUAUUCGACCUAGAGAAGGAAAAAACCAAGUUCUUGAUAGAAAGAGUUCGGACAAACAUGUACCUGAUAAUUCCGAUCAAAAUUUCUAUGCUAACAAGACUGCUUUUAGAAAGUGCACAGUCAGGAGCAUACAAAGUGCAGAGAAGAUAAGCGAGGAAGUAGAAUGUAACAGCACUCUGUUGAGCCAUCCAUUCUCUGUGUCGAUACAGCGUAAAGGCUCCCAUUAUGCUUCUGGCGCUUUGCUGAACAAUCAAACUGUGUUGACUGCGGCAGCGGAAUUUUAUAACGUUCGAGAGUCAAUAAAGCUCUAUAAAGUGAGAUUGGGCUCCGUGAACUGCAAGAAGGGUGGGCGGUUGGUCCACAUUAAGAGUAUAAAUAUCCAUCCGUCGUACGAGAGAGGAAAUCCGGCAUACGAUGUCGCCGUGCUGAAACUGGCUGAGCAAGUCAACUUGACAGAAUACAUUAGGCCUGUGCCUAUGUCCAAUGUAACGCAGAAAGUUAUCAGUGCCAAGUUCAUGACUACGUAUUGGCCGAGACUGAUUAUCAACGGUCGUGCUCUUCCAAAGUCGGCCAAGGAGCGAACUAAACACCACAGCAUGAGAAUAUCCACACAAAGACUCAUCCCUUGGAAGAUAUGCAGGACACUCGUGGAUUCCACCGAAAUGAUGUUGGACCUGAACAGCUUGUGUCUGAAACCCAUCAAGACUCACCACAGUCUCUGUAUGCCCGAUCCAGGAGCACCAGUGGUUGCGGAGGACGGCCUCUGGGGCAUCACAUCCGGUUGGACAUCGAAGAACUGCAAGACUUCGUCUAGCCCUACCAUCUUUACGAGAACCUCGUUGAAACCUAUUCGAAAGUGGCUGUUGGAGUUUCUAUGAAAUGUUUCGAACAAACUUAGUUAUUCAUAAGUAUUUAUUGUGUCAGAUAAUGCUCCGUAGAUUAAAACCUGUAAUAAACUAUAAAAAUCUGUUUUUUUAGUUAUCACUCACUAAUUUGCA